CGCCGGCGGCUGUGACGGGGCAGAGCGCACGACGCCGCCGCCGCCUACGCGCGAGCCGCUACAACCUCCGACCGUCGUCGCCGCCGGCACAGGAGGGGGGCCAAGACGUCUCUCCAACGCGGGGCGAGCGCAGGACCGCGCCAGGCGUCCAAAAGAAGGAAGAUGCCUCGCGGCGACAGGGAAAGCGACUGGAGGGAAAAGGAGCAGUUCCGCAAACUGUUUAUUGGCGGCUUAAGCUUUGAAACCACAGAAGAAAGCUUGAGGAGUUACUAUGAGCAAUGGGGAAAGCUUACAGACUGUGUGGUAAUGAGGGAUCCUGCAAGCAAAAGAUCAAGGGGGUUUGGUUUUGUAACAUUCUCUUCUAUGGCUGAAGUUGAUGCAGCUAUGGCUGCAAGACCUCACACGAUUGAUGGAAGAGUGGUUGAGCCUAAGAGAGCUGUGGCUAGAGAGGAAUCUGGAAAACCUGGUGCUCAUGUUACUGUGAAAAAAUUAUUUGUUGGUGGUAUUAAAGAGGACACUGAAGAGCACCACCUCCGUGACUACUUUGAGGAAUAUGGAAAAAUUGACACUAUUGAAAUUAUUACUGAUAGACAGUCUGGUAAAAAGAGAGGGUUUGGAUUUGUUACAUUUGAUGACCAUGAUCCUGUGGAUAAAAUUGUAUUGCAGAAGUACCACACCAUCAAUGGCCAUAAUGCAGAAGUAAGGAAAGCUCUCUCUAGACAGGAAAUGCAGGAGGUUCAAAAUUCCAGGAGUGGGAGAGGAGGGAACUUCGGUUUUGGUGAUGCUCGUGGAGGUGGGGGCAACUUCGGUCCAGGACCUGGCAGCAAUUUCAGAGGGGGAGCUGGUAAGACAGAUGGAUAUGGAAGUGGCCGUGGAUUUGGUGAUGGGUAUAAUGGAUAUGGUGGAGGACCUGGAGGUGGCAACUUUGGCGGCAGUCCUGGUUAUGGAGGAGGAAGAGGAGGCUAUGGUGGAGGAGGACCUGGAUAUGGCAACCAGGGUGGGGGCUAUGGAGGUGGUUAUGACAACUAUGGAGGAGGCAAUUAUGGAAGUGGAAACUAUAAUGAUUUUGGCAACUACAACCAGCAACCUUCAAAUUACGGUCCGAUGAAGAGUGGAAAUUUUGGUGGCAGCAGAAACAUGGGGGGACCAUAUGGUGGAGGAAACUAUGGUCCAGGAGGCAGUGGAGGAAGUGGUGGAUAUGGAGGGAGGAGCCGUUACUGAGUUUCUUCAAGCAUGCCAUGGGCUUCACUGUAUAAAUAGGAGAGGAUGAGAGCCCAGAGGUAACAGAACAGCUUCAGGUUAUCGAAAUAACAAUGUUAAGGAAACACUUAUCUCAGUCAUGCAUAAAUAUGCAGUGAUAUGGCAGAAGACACCAGAGCAGAUGCAGAGAGCCAUUUUGUGAAUGGAUUUGGAUUAUUUAAUAACAUUACCUUACUGUGGAGGAAGGAUUGUAAAAAUGCCUUUGAGACAGUUUCUUAGCUUUUUAAUUGUUGUUUCUUUCUAGUGGUCUUUGUAAGUGUAGAAGCAUUCCUUUGAUAAUGUUAAAUUUGUAAGUUUCAGGUGACAUGUGAAACCUUUUUUAAGAUUUUUCUCAAAGUUUUGAAAAGCUUUUAGCCAGGAUCAUGGUGUAAUAAGACAUAACGUUUUCCUUUUAAAAAUUUAAGUGCGUGUGUAGAGUUAAGAAGCUGUUGUACAUUUAUGAUUUUAAUAAAAUAAUUCUAAAGGAAAUAUUGUGUAAUUUUAGAUUUUUUUUUUAAUACUGUAAAAUAAGGCAAGGAGUGGGUAGUAUAAGGUCCCACAAAUAAUACAAAGCUAUUGUUGUACGUGUAAAAUUUAAUGCUGGUGAGAAAAAGUAUGUUGUCUGUAAAUUACCAGGUUUAAAAUAUCUAGGUAACUUAAGGGGUAUCUCUGCAAGGAGAAACACCUUUUUAGAUUUUUUAGAUGCUGCUUCUUCAAUGGCAAGGAAAGGAAAAACCCCCAGCAAAGUACUCUUCCAGGGACGCAGGUCUAGUACAAGAGAACUCUUGAAAACGUCACUAAAAGUUCAGCCAGUCUUAAAAAGCUGUGCUGUAUCUCUGCAAAGCUUUAACUACGGUAGAUUGUUUAUAAGGAUGGCAACGAAGGCUGAGGGUGUAGAGCAAAAUAGUUCUAAGCUUCAGUUAAACUUCUUUAGGUAAGAUCUUGUUUACUUUUCCUUUCUUAAUGUUUCAAAACCAAGAAACUAAUAAUGUAUGACAGUAUUCUUUCAGUAUAGUGAUUAUCAUUAUGUAGUUUAACAUAGUAAUGAAUUAACAAUUACAAAUUGAAAAGAAACUUGUGAAUCCUGUUUUCUUGUAUUAUUAAAUUCUUUUACAAAAAAAAUUGUUAAUUUCAGCUACUUAACAUAUUUUUUUCCUACUGGAAUCUAGCUAUGAUAUGAACCCUGGACAAGCAUAGACUGCUGCCACUGUACACUGCUACAGUUGAACAAAUGAGACCUGCAAGUGUCCAUUAGUAAAGCUUUGCAAGGGUUCCAUCCUUGGUGUUGGUAGUUAAAAUGGUAGGUCACAAGUUAAUUAAAUCAUACAACUUUAUUUUUGCAUCCUGCAACAUUUUCUUUUUUCUUGGGAGUCUAUGCAUUAUGGUGGUUGCAAGGUAAUGCAAUGAAGGUAGUUCUGUGCUGUUGAAAAUGAACUAUGUUGUUACGUGUCUUGUCUGCUGUAAUCUAUUCUAUAUAACACAUUUCAUCCUGAAGGUUCCCAAGUAACUGUAGACUGUUUACGUGUAAGGAAAAAAUUGCACCACAGAAUACAUCUGCCUCUGUGAAGGAAUGUGUCGUCCAUUCUUUUAACAACUGCAUAAGCAGUUCUUUAGGAGGGGAAGUGAAACCUUCAAAUGAAACUGCAGGUGGUAUUGCAUAAGUGUACAAUGUAUUUAUGUAAAUUGGAAUUUGGCUAGAAUGUUGAGGUUUCCACCAUUUUUUAUAGUUCUUGCAGCUAACAAACCUUAGUGCCAAAUUUAUUCAGCCUUACUCUCACUGCAUUGAAUUGUUUGCACCUCAAAUUGAUGGAAAUUUAUCAAGUAAUGAAUGAGUUAUUCAGAGUAAGGGUGGCAUACUCUACUAGAUUUGAUUAAAAAAAUUAGCAAAACCUAUCCAAAAAAAAGGCAACCAAAAAUGCCUUAAUUUCAAAGUUCAUUGCCUCUAAAAGGCUACUGUUGAAGAACGUGGACUCAGCUAACAAAAGUCCUGUUCCUUUUGUGUUAGACACACCAGUGAACUGCUUAUACUUCCUUUUUUUUUAAAAAUGGCUGAAGUUCCCCUAUUGGUAAUUUGGUUUAGACAUAUGUGAUAAACAUCUUCAGAUACACUUUUUUUUUCUUUGGCAGGAAGGUGCCAUGCUGCAGGUAACUAAUGAAGAAGUGGUCAACCACAGAAACGCUUCAAGAAAUAAGAAAUUCUGUAUCAUCAGAAAAUAGUUGUUUUUGCUGCCUUCAUUAAAAAUCUAGAGGUUAAAUGAAUACUGAUAAAACAUCACAAUUAGUAUAGCUCCCUGUAAUGAUGGGUUUUUUAAAUUAUAGUAAAAAUGUCUUGUAAAACUUUCAAAUAAAAUUCAGAUUCGUUAGGAGAAACAAAUCACUAAUGUUAAAAUAGCAAACAUUCUGUGAGUAGAAAGUUUAACUACAUAUAUUUAUAACUUUCAUAGCUUUAAAAUAAAGUAUUUUUAUACCAAAAUAGUUCAGUGUAAUGCUUAAUAAAAACUUAGUGUGUAUCUAACAUUAAAUAAUGUUUAUGUUUAGACCCUUUCAUGAUUUGAAACAUUCCAUUUUGAGGUGAAUUUAAAACAAUCAGUUUGACAAGUGUGUUCAUGGAACUUGUUUCUCCUACCAUGGGCAUAUGUUCUCUUUUGGGAGAAACACUGCUGCAAAUUUAAAGUGCUGAUGUCUUUGCUGUUGGACAGAAGUGCUUAAAAGUAGCUUUUUUUUUUUUUUGGCUGUGUUUCAUAUUGCCUCAUACUUUCCGGUUAAUGAAACUGUGACCUAAGUCAGUUUAUCAGAUUGCAGUAUGACAAGAGCUUUAUCCUUUUCACUUUUAAAAAGCUUUCAGCAUGAAGACAGACAGACUGACUAGAAUGUAGAGUUCCUGUUGUACCUAGCUAUAUUAACCAUAGCUGCAUGUAGGGGUGGAAGAAAAAUACCAAAACAAAAAGUGCCAAACCAAACAAAACCACUAAAGCAAACACCAAGCAUGAGCUUUGGAAAGCUUCAGUUGGGAGUGUAUUUAAGGGAAGGUAUCUUGAGGUUAUACUGUUUUAACUACUUAUCUUCAUGCAUGAUUUAUUCAAAACUUGAAAUUUAUAUGCUUUGGCAGAAUCAUUGUGUCUUUAACCUUUAUAAUACUGUUCAAGGAUUCACAUACAAUUUUUUUCUGUUCCUCAAGUUAAACUUCGAAAUAUUUGCAUAGGUAUCCGAUGGGCUGCAAUGGAAGCAGAAAACGAAGAUGCACAAAUCUGCUUUACUUUCUUCUUUCCAACAGAAUGACCAGAUCAUAAGGAAUUUGCCUUCUUUCCUGUAACUUAGAUGUAGUUGAUGGAAAUUUUUUCUUUACAGUUGACAAUUCUACAUUCAUACACCAUUUUAAAAAACAAAACCACUUCAAAAGGGCUGUAAUUAUUUUUCUGUUUAAAGUACUAUUUCAGUAGUUUAGCAACAGGGUUUAAAGUCUACCUGAAUUGAGUAUGUUUUCCAUAAUGAGGAUGUUCUCAUUUUGAUCUGUUGGCAGUGGGGGAAGGGAGUGUGUAGGGGGACAGCACCGUGCAGGAGUGAAGUCUUGAAAACCUGGUGUAUUUAAAUUUACUGAUGUCCUAGUAUUGAACUUUCAUGACUUUUCUCUUGGUAUGGUCUUAAAAGUUAAGGCAUGUGAUAGUCAGCAAGUGUUUACUAACGAAUGUGCUGAGAGAAGUCACAGUUUUGAAUCAACCUGAUACUGAAAGUUAGCAACUUCAAAUAAAAGCUGUUGCGUAGUCAGUUACUGGUCAUCAGUUUGUAGACAAUGGAUUUUUACUUUCUGUCAAGUGGGAUUUUUUCAGUACAGACUUUGUCUUUGUGUAAGUGUACUAACAGCUGAGGAUCAGGUUGUCAAUACUGGGUCCAGCUUUCCCCCAGUGAACACUUGGUGCAGCAGAGGGAAGAAAGGAAAACAUAACUUGACAACUGGUUUGUGAGCCAAAGAGCACCCCAAAAUUGGGUGACCUCUGUUUAUAAAGUGAUGGUGAAAAGAGGUCAGUAGUAGGGUUCUGGCCACUCAGACUCGGUGUUAUUUACAAUGAAAGUUGAAUUUUAUUCACUUCUGUUGUGCUGUAGGUGCUAAAAAAAACCACUGAAGAAAAUGUGAACAAUUGCUGUACAUACUGUAAAAUGAACAGGACUUGAACUCUGUUAUGUGUAGGAAAGACUGUAGUCUUUUAGUUCAAUUAUGAAUGUACUUGAUCUCUUGAUGAUGAAAUCAUAUCACUUCUGGGGAAGAAAACCCAUGUCCCAGAAAUGGAUCUGAAUUUUCAAACAGUUGCAGCUGAGAUUGUUUGGUAGCUUGACCUCAUUGAUAGAGGAUCAUUUGCUGGGAACAUACUGGGGCUGUGUAUUCCCCGUAGGUUUAGUGCUUUCAGUUGUUUCUUGAAGAGUGUGCAAGUCAAACCCCAUAGUAGUGCUAUUACUUCUAUUCCAGGUAAGGGAGAUGGCUGUUUCUUCAGCCAUACCACUCUGUGUGUCUGGGAAUGUAUAGGCGUGUUACAUGGGAAGCGUUUGCCUGGGUAAUAAUGAUCCUUUUUGCCAGAAGUACUGUCCCUUAUAACAGUAAUGUUUUGCUUUGCAGCUGCUUUUUGUUUGUGUUGCAUAGAAAUUUUGUCAGGAGUUACUUCAGUUAAUGGAGCAAGAACUGGUUUGUUUAUCAGCAGUAAAAUUAACAGUGUAUAAAUAGCUGUAUGACUUGCCUGACAGAGUGCUAUGAACAUACUAGGUCAGCAGUGUUUGGGCAUCUUCUAGUGACAAAUUAGCUUGUGUGACCUCCCAUAUUUCUUCACAGUACAAAAACGAGUGACUGAGGGGAAAAUCCUAGAAAAUUGCUGUUACCAACACUCUUUCCUCCCCACCUUGUUCGGUUCAUUUUGGGGCAUUCUUGUAUGAAAAGGGGUGGCUGAUGAACUUCAUGGAGUUCUACUAUCUGUGAGGCAGGUUUCAAGUUGCAUUGCUUUAUGAGGUACACUACAGUAAACAGACCUCGCCUGGUUACAUCUGCCCUCUCUAUCUGGUUUACUUAAUAAAGUUUUUCACUACACCCUGG